AUUUUUUUUCUUCACGCUGCCUCCUCCAAGCAACUCUGGGUCUGCCUCCACACAAUCAUCGGUGAUGAGCACAACUACGCCCGAUGCAACUUUUUCUUAUGAACUGCUCGAACAUACGUCUAGUGAUGUAGCUAGCACAUGCUUAUUCAAUGAACCACGACGACAUAUUCAUGUUAUCUACGAGCUUGCUGUGCAGUCUUCUGCAUCUCUUAUUCUCUCUGUUUUUGGCUCAGUUUUGACGGGAUUUAUGCUCAACUUUGUCCAGAAAUUUUCUAUCUUUCAGAGUUAUCCUGCACUUUUUAUCCUUAUCCCAAUUCUUUUGAACCUUAUCGGGUGUUUAGAAAUGAACCUAACAUCAAGACUUAGUACACUUGCGAAUAUGGAUUUGCUUAAUACACACGAUGCACGACGUACAAUUAUAUCAAAACAGCUUAUUUUGCUACAGGUACAGACAAUGACAGUUGGCACAGUAUCAGGUUUUGUAGCAUUUUUAUUUAGUUACAUUCAUGAGUCAUACAAUCCACCUCAAAUUAUCUCUCCAUUACAACAAAAGUAUAAUCGAUCCCUUUUCAAACUUUUGAUACUUCUUUCGAGCGCCAUGGCAACAGGCUGCAUCUCAUCAGCAAUCCUUGGUACAUUGGUUUCUUUGCUCGUUAUUUUCUCUCUACAAUUCAAUAUAAAUCCAGACAACAUUCUGACACCCAUUGUAUCAUCAUUUGGUGACUUGAUUUCAAUAAGCACAUUCUCCAUGGUUUCAACCAUCUUUGUUUCAUUAUUUCAUCUUUAUUCACUUAUCAUUUUCAUUAUCUCGAUUAUCGCCAUCUUUUUUUUCAUUAUUACUCGCCUUAACGAAAUUCAGCUUAAUCAAAUAGCGCUCAGCACAUGGAUUCCUCUUUUCAUAUCACUCUUAAUCACCAGGUGCACUCAUCAUGACACUUGCACACACAACUCAUUUCUACAUAGUGGUUCAGGCAUUUUAUUCGAAAACUACGUUUACCGAUACCAUGCCAUUGCUUUUAUGCUACCUAUUUGCCAAGGAUUGAACGGAAACAUUGGUUGUAUUUAUGCUUCACGUAUCAGCACUGCUUUGCAAAUGAAAAACACAAAAUAUAAAGAAAUUAAAUGGACUACUAUAGUAACACUCUUUUGUAUUAACUUGCUUUUCCAAACGGUGUUUCUCCUCACUAUUUAUAAAAUGAAAAUCUUAUCUCUCACGCUAAUCUUUAUCGCAAUUUAUCAAUUAAUAUCAGGCUGUGUGGUUAUCACUUCUUUGUUCCUCGGUGAAGUCCUAAUGCAUCUGUGUUGGAAAUACAAUUUUGACCCCGACAUUCAUGCAUUCCCUAUUCUUUCUUCGCUCUUAGACUUUAUUGCGACAUUCAGUCUUGUUUUUUGUUUCCGCUUAUCAAUGUCUUGAUAUAUACUU